UUAAUAUAAUGUCUAAUAGUUAAGAGAAGGAAGAAGAACUAAAGCAAAUUCGUAAGGAAAUGCUAAAAGAUGCAGAGUAAAAUGCUCAAAAGUAAAGAUUUGGACUAUUUUCUUCACCUGUUCCUUUAGGUUUGGGGGAUGAUAGUAUGGAUAUGAGAAAGAAACGUAAAACAUGAGAAUAAAUUGGAUUAGCAUAAAGAGGUGAGAAUGGGAAGCCGAUAACAGAACCAUCAAAUAUGAAGGUGAGUGCUCCUCGUACUGGAAGAAUUAGAUCAUCGUAUUUUGGACCCUUGAGUUAUACAACAGUUGGGGAUCCCUACUUAGAUCCAGAUAAAGUGAUUGCACAUUAUGAGAAGUAGCAGAAGAAGUUAUGCAAUAAGGAGACUCCAUUUAAACCUGCAUCUGGUUAUAAGGAAUUAAUGGGGAGUGUUUAUUAACAUAUGAAGGAUUAUGAUUAUAAAAAAGUGGAGAGUAGAAAACAAUCAGAUGGACGAGUGUAUUCUGCACCUCGUAAUGUUACAACGAAUCCAAGGUGUAAGGUUAUGGAUAAAUCAAUUCCAUAUAUGAUGGAUGAUUAUAAUAGAUAUAGCGAUUUUGAGAGAGUAUUCAAAUUAUUAUUAUGAAGAAAGCAAGAAUAGAAAGUAAGAGUAAAGAGAAAGAGUAAGCAUUCAAAAGUACUGUUUAUGGAGGAUACACUUUUGAGAAGGACAAGAAUUUAUUUGGAGAAACAAAGAUGCCACCAACAAGUUAGAGGAAAUCUCCUGAAUAAAAAUAAGCAAAGCAUGAAUCAGCUUUUAGACCAGCAGAUGGAUUGAAGAAAGGAUUAGAUGGAUUAUUUGGUUAUUUUGAGUACAAACCUGAUCCAAUUAAAGAAAUUAAACGAUAGUUCAGUUAGAAAAAGGAGAGAGAAAGCUUUAAGUAACUGUGAAUAUAUUCUUAUAGACCUGCAGAUUUGGGAAACAAUACUAGACCUAACCCAACUAUUUCCUGUUUCAAAAUGAACAUCAGGAGAGAGAUAGCUGGGUAUCAUUGAUUAUAGUAUUUAGUUUUAUAUAAUAAAUUAUUAUUAUAUAAAAAUUAAUAUUAUUAUAUAAUAAAAUAUAAUAGAUUUAAGAUUUAGAUGGAAACUAUGAUAAAAUGACGUAGCAUUCAAUUAUUUUUUUUAUAAUGAUUUACAUCAUAAUUAUUUACAUUCGCACUAUUCGAUUUCAUAAUAUGAAACUAGAUUAGGCGAAAUCAAAGGAGGGAAAAUGUAAAUAAAAUAACAUGAACAUUUUGAGUGAAAUAAAGAAAUAGGUGGAAAUAGAAAUGAAAAAGAUCAAGAAGGUACCUACUCCAAAUAAAACGAUAACUUCUUCUUAAAAGAAAGAAUUAAUUGAUUUGCUGAGUCAAGGAAUAUCACUCAAAGAUGCAGCAAAAAAAUUAAAUUUGACUUAUCAUGAGGCAAAAAUAGCAUACAAUGAAUAAAAGAGAAGAUCCAUGAAUACUUAGAGUGAAACCGAAUCAACUGUCUACUCUAUGCGUACUGCUGGAGUCAGCACUCUAAAAGUAUUCCCAAGACACUUUUUGUUGUAAUAGAGUGUCAACAAUACCUUGGUAUCUGUUAGACGGCUAUUUAAUAUAUUGGUUUUGAACCCAAAAUAAUAAUGA